UUAGUUGAUAGUAGAGCCCAAAGAAUAUCUGUACACAAGUAUUCUUUGGUGGAGCCUUUAAAGUUGUGGUUUGUUAAAUUGAGGCAGAGUAAAAAUAUUGUGAAGUUGUUAAAUAUUUUUGUGUAGAUACAAAAUGUCUUCGACUUCAGCAAAUGCCAAUGCGUCGCAACCAAGUGCAACAACUGUGCCGACAACUGUUCAGGAAUUUAACAUUCGGGUGCCGAAAAAUGUACGUAAAAAAUAUCAUGUAAUGCGCUAUAAUGCCACUUUAAAUGUUGAUUUUGCCACAUGGCGGAAUGUGAAAUUAGAGAGAGAAAAUAAUAUGAAAGAAUUUCGUGGUAUGGAAGAAGAUGUACCUAAAUUUGGGGCAGGAUCCGAAUAUAAUCGUGAUUUGCGUGAAGAGGUGCGCCGCAAGAAAUUUGGUAUAUCUGCUAAGAAAUAUCGUCCAGAGGCUCAACCAUGGAUACUCAAAGUAGGUGGAAAAACUGGGAAAAAAUUUAAAGGAAUACGCGAGGGUGGAGUUGGCGAAAAUGCUGCGUUUUAUGUAUUCACUCAUGCUCCAGAUGGAGCUAUAGAGGCAUAUCCUCUACAUGAGUGGUAUAACUUUCAACCAAUUCAACGUUAUAAAUCUCUUUCAGCAGAAGAAGCUGAACAUGAAUUUGGAAGAAGAAAGAAAGUUAUAAAUUACUUUUCUUUAAUGUUGCGUAAACGGUUAAAGGGUGAUGAAGAAGAAGAGAAAGAUCCAGAAGAAAUUAAAGUUAAAAAAGUUGGUGGAAAAAAAUCUGAAUUAAAAAUAAGUGAGAUGGACGAAUGGAUUGAUUCUGAUGACGAAUCUGAUUCAGAUGAAGAAGAAAGUAAAAAGAAUGAAGAUAGCGAUGAUGAUAAAAAGUCUAAAAAGAAAAAAGGGCAGGAGAAGAAAAAGAAACGAGAUACUGAUGUUGAAGCGUUUGAGGAAUCGGAUGAUGGUGAUGAAGAAGGUCGUGAAAUGGAUUAUGAUACAUCAUCAAGUGAAGAUGAACCGGAUCCAGAAUCAAAAUUGGACAAAGAUAUGAAGUCUGUAGCAGAAGAGGAUGCACUUCGUAAACUGCUUACUUCGGAUGAAGAAGACGAUGAAGAAAAACAAACAGAUCAAUCCGAUAAAGAUGAAGAUGAGAAGCGCAAAAAAGAUAAAGUAAAAGAAGAGUUGAAUAAAGAUAAAAAGAAAUCUAAAAAUAAAGGAAAAGACGAAAAAAAAGACUCAUCAAGCGAUUUUAGUAGCGAUAGUUCUGAUACUGAUGACGAUAAUUUGAAGAAGAAGGUGAAAGAUACUAAAUUGGUGGUAAAUAAUUCACGUUCAGUUACACCAACAACCUUUAGUGCUGAAGCUAAUAAACGUAAACUUAACAACAUGCCUACGGAUUUAACUGGUUCAGAAAAUAGUAAUAGUCCUGUAACAACGCCAGCAAAACGGACUAAACCCGAUAUGGCGCCCACAUUACCAUCAACUUUUGCUGGAGUUGUAACUGGUAGUAAAGAUGAUUAUGGUAUUACAGAGGAAGCAGUACGUCGCUACUUAAUGCGCAAACCAAUGACUGCUACCGAACUACUACAAAAGUUUAAAAACAAAAAGACAAACGUACCGAGUGAUCGCCUUGUAGAAACUAUGACUCAAAUAUUAAAGAGAAUAAACCCUGUUAAGCAAACUAUACAAGGAAAAAUGUAUCUUAGUAUUAAGACCAAGUAGUCUUAUUUCUGGCGAAAUAUUCUUGAAUUAAAU